AUGUUUCUUUUCCUUGCAGGCAUUCCUGAGUAUGAGCCAGUGUGUGGACGUCCACAUGGAGUACGAUUAGACAGUAAUGGAUAUCUAAUUGUAGCCGAUUCCUAUUUUGGAUUGUUCAGGAUACAUCCACAGACUGGAGAAAAAGAACUACUCAUCUCUAACAAAGAAGGGGUGGAUGGAAUACCGUUCAAAUUCUUGAAUGGACUUGAGCUGUCCAAAAAUGGCACUAUAUUUUUCACAGACUCGAGCAGCAAAUGGGGUAGACAACAUCACAGAUAUGAGGUAUUAGAAACAAAUCACCGUGGAAGACUCAUACAUUAUGAUAUAGUGAAGAAAGAGGCAAAGACAUUGCUGGAAGACCUGUAUAUGGCUAACGGGCUGGCCUUAUCACCAGAGGAAGACUAUUUAUUAAUAGCGGAGACCAGCAUAGCCAGAAUACUGCGCUAUUGGUUAUCUGGCAGCAAGGCUGGCAUGAAAGAAGUUUUUGUGGACAAUUUGCCAGGCUAUCCAGAUAACAUCAGGAUCUCUAGCAUGGGUACAUAUAAAGUCGGCUUGACAACAACACGGUUUCCUGGAUUCUUUCCACCAUUCCUGGAUGCAAUUGCACCCUACCCUGCACUAAAGAGAUUCAUUGUCAAGGUGACACCAUUGGCAGCGUACAGCUUUCUGCUGAGAAAACACGGCUUGUUCCUGGAAGUGAACCAAAACGGAGAAAUAGUGGACAGUUUUCAUGAUCCGGAUGGAAGUGUGACAUGGGCAAUCAGCGAUGUGUAUGAGCAUCAAGGACAGAUAUAUCUGGGUAACACUGACUUACCCUUUCUUGUUAUUUUGACAAGGGAGAGUAAAUAA